AUGAGUACAGUCCGAGCUAAAAGUUUUUUGGGCUAUUGGAACUAUGUAUUUGAAUUGAGGGGCCAUAGAAUACACUGCAGCCAGAAAUGCGCUAAAGGCUCAAAUGAAUAUUCUGAAGAAGAUAAUGAAGAGUUAUUAGAGCUUCAAACGGCAAUAAGUGAUCUGCGUCUUGAGCUAAGAAUUAAAAACGACCACAUUGAAAAUCUAAAUAAAUUAAAAACUACCUGUUAUGAAUCAGCAUUGGAAAAUGAGCAACAACUCAAAUCCGAUAUUGACACUUUGAGUAACAAAUUGAACUUUCUGGAAGAAAUGAACAAUAAAUUGAACAAAAUUCAAAUUAAAAACAAUUUGACACACACAGAUCAGAUUCUUAAAUUGGACACAAAAAAUAAUGACUUAAUGGAAUGUAUCAAAGAUCAAAAGGAUAAAAUGCAGGUAUUAGAAGGUAAAAUAAAAUUACUGGAAAGUGCUAACAAAAAUUUUAAAAAUGAAAACUGUGAACUAACGGAAUCUCUGGAAAACCAAAAUGUAAUUAUAAAGCGCCUCAAAAGAGGAUCUCAAAUACUGUCUGAUAGUGUCAUAGAGCAGGAAAACUAUAGAUCCGAAUUGGAGGAGCGACAAAAGGAAAUUCAAGUCCUAAAUGAACAGAUUGCUGCUCAUAAAUUACUGUUAUUGGAAUAUAACGAAAAUGUAAAAUUUAAGGAUGAGAAUAUUAAUAAAUUAAAAUCUGAAUUUGAAGAUUUACAGAUGGAUAGCAAAAACCUAAUCUCAACAAUCAGAACAUUAGAAGCUGACAAUAAAUGUCUUCGCAAUGAGCUUCAAAUCUUCAAAGUUGAUUGUGUCGACGUUGACUUCUUAUCCUCGGUGAAUAAAAAAUUAGAAAGAAGGUUGUUAACUUUUAAAUAUUCCCUUAGUCUGAGCGCAAUACACUUCUCUGUAUGUGGCGCGCGCAAGAUGGCGAACGGAAAAUCACUGAAGUGUGGCAUUUGUGAUAAAAAUAUAACUAAAUCUAAGCCUAGUUUGAAUUGUGCUACUUGCCAGAGGUGGUUCCACCCUGACUGCGUUGGGGUGCAUGAAGGGGAGAUCCGAAGACUGCAGAAGGAUAAAAUAUCAUGGAAAUGUGGAAAGUGUAAACAUAGUGAGGUUAGGAAGAGUUUAACCCUGUCUUCUUCCUCUUUGCAAAAUUCUGGCACUAGAGCAAGUGUUCAUGGUGCCGGCUUACCUGUGACAGCCCCGGUGGCUUUUGGCCAGCUGUCUUUUGAACAGCUGACCGAAGGCCAACCCCAACCUCAAAACGAUGAUGUCAAAAGAAUUCUGUCAGAAUUACAGGAAAUGAGAAGAGAAUUUGGGAAAGAAAUCAAAGUUCUCCAGGAGUCCUUACAAUUCAUAAAUAAUCUCUUCGAGGCCGAAAAGGAUAAGAAUAAGAAAAUGGAGGAGUGCAUGGGGGAGAUUAGGGCCGAAAAUCAAUACCUAAAAACUGAACUGGAGUAUGUCAAGGGCUUUGUUCGGCGUGAGGAAAGUCUCAAAAUACGAGACAAUAUUGUAAUAACUGGAAUCUGCAAUGAUCCCAGAGAGGAAAUCGACCAUGUGAAGAACAAGACCAUGAGAGUGCUCAAAUUUCUAGAUGAUUCGGUUACUAAUCAGGACAUUGUUGAUGUAAAACUAAUUAAUCCAAGGGAGAAUGGUGCACUGGUACAGGUGAAACUGUGCAGCGUAGAAAAAAAGAUCCAACUCUUGAAAAAGCGCUACCAAAAGGGUAAAUUGUCUGGCGACAUCUGUAAUAUUCCAAAUACCAAAUUUAUAUAUGUAAACGAAGAAUUGACUGUGUCAACGUAUAAGCUCUUAAGAAAUGCCUAUCAGUUGAAAAACUAUGGAUACCAAUUUGUAUGGCAGAGAGGAGGAACAGUAUUAGCAAAGAUCAAUGAAGGGACAAAUGCUAUCCGAAUCAAGUCGGAGGAGCAGGUGACUGAAAUGAUCAGCAAUGCAACAAUCUUCCUUAGCCCGAUGGGGAAAAGGAAAAGAUCGCCAGCUGAUCGCUCGCCGGGCUGUUCUCGAAACAGAUCUCGGUCUCGGCAUGGGCAUUCUCCUCAUAAGAACCGCCAUUUUGUUUCUCCUUCUCGAUCUCGAUCUCGGAUUUCCGAAGGUUCUAGAGAAUCGAAGUCUAGACGCUCUCAGGGCUCUUAUGCCUCUUAUUCUUACAAUGGAAAUCGAGGAAGAGAUUCCUAUGUUGUUAAAGAGCUCGAGUUACUCAAAAAGAGACUCGAUCGCUAUGAGGGUUCAACUUCAGCUCGACUCAGUUCAACUAGCCGAAGUAGCCGAUCUGAGUCUACGACCAGAUCAAGACCUCGACACUCACCUCGUAGCCCUCCUGUGCCCUUGGAAAGGGAAACAGGAGAAGAUCAGGAAAACCUGAUAGACCUAGCGAAUUUGCAAGGGUCACCCAGGUCACCAGAGGCGUUAGUUCUUACAGAGGACGUUAAUUUGGACGACGACAUUCUAAAAGCCUUGGGGGAGCAGAAAAACGUCAAUAAACAUGGGUAUGAGGCUCAUGUUGUGUUAAAAAAGCGAUGGGAGGAAAUUCUAAGUGGUGGAUUUGGUAAGGAGGAGCGGGAAGCCUUGAAGGAAAAAUACCCAAUCCUAAAUAAUAUUCCAACCUGA